AUGCACACCAGCACUGAGCUGACUAUUGAGCCAGAGGCACCCUCAGAGAAAAAUGGCAUCAGCUUCUCAGGCUUCGCGAACGAGCAGCUGGACUUCAAUGACGAAGGCGACGUUAUUAGUGCACUAAGUUACAUAUUGCCUUACUUCUCAGAGGGAAAUCUAGAAGAUGUAGAAUCGACGUUAUUACUGUUGAUUAAACUGCUUUUUUCAAACAUACAACAUGGAGACAAGCCCCUGAGUCAUCUGAAAAACAAUACAAAGACCCCCUCUCUUGAACCUGCAGCCAAUAAUUCAACUUACACAAAUAAACUGAGGAAACUCUAUUUUCUGGAAAAUUUGUUAGAUGCAGAAAUUCAAGAAUAAAUCAAUGAGGUUAAAAAGAAAGAAAAAACAGCCAUGCUUAUGCAGUCUAGACCUGGUCCGAAAUUGAAACGCCAAAUCUUUCCCCAAAAAUUGGAAACUGCUGAACCACAGGAAAACAGCCUGGCAGAGAUUGAGGGUGUAGGGAAAAGGCGGCAGAGGAUGAAGAUAGUCCUCAAGGGGCCCAAGGGCAUAAGGAAAAAGCUCUUUGAAGAGGAGACAAUCAGGAGGAAGCAGAAUGCCUGGCCCAUUGCAAAGAAAAUUGCCGAAGCGAGAAGGCUUGGGAGACCAGUCCCGAGUCAACUGGAACAGCUUCACGCGGUGCAGAGGCCCAAGAAGUUUGUGGGAAGCUCCUUCCACACCACACCUUCGUUAACAGAGGAGCACAAGGUAGCUGUCUCUUCUUUACUGAAACGGGUCUCAGUGGGCGUGCCUUCUGCUCCCACCACUGCAAAACCCCCACCUAAGGUCAAAAACAAAUCAAAAGACUUGGCUGACACCAUUGUUGUUUUAGAAGACACAAAUGCUAGAGUUAAAAGUAUGGAGGCUGCUAAGCCAAUUGUACAUUCCAGAAAAAAAUACCACUUUCAUAAAACUCAUUCCCACGUGGCCCAUAGAACACUCAAGACCAAACUAAUUCAAGAGGUCAAAAAGGAAAGUUUGCUCAAAAGACUGAUAUUUGCAAACAGGCCUCCAUUCUCUCCAAUAAGGAGCCUCAUAAAUUCCCCUUCACGUGAAGCUUUUUCAUCUUCAGGAGACCCGAGUCCGCAGGAGAAUGCUUUUCCAGAAUUAUUUGCUCUUUCAGAACUUUCUACAGAAAACACUGGUACAUCCCCUGAAGGAAAUACUUUUGAAGAAAACAUCUCUGUAGAAAGCACUGCUGUGCCCAAAGAAACUAUCCGAGAAAACAUCUCUGUGGAAAGCACUGCUGUGCCCAAAGGAACUAUCCCUGAAAGCACAACCUACAAGAAUCCUUCCGCUACAGAGUCCACUGGGGCUGCAUUCAGCAUAAUGCCAACUGUCAAACGAAACAAUGAAACCCAGUGGGAAUACCACAACACAGGCCCUACCUUCUCAUCCUAUUGGUUUUGGGGACCCCACUCUCUAUUCCUUUUAUCUCAACCUCACAGAAUU